AUGGGUGGCCUCGGAAACCUGCGCGACCCUCCAAGGCAGCGGAAUCGUGAGCCCCGGCCGACACCUCUCCUCAGCCCCUGGUCACCUCUCAUCUUCCCCCUCUAUGCGCUAGUCCUGCUGCUCGCCUGCGCCUCGCUGGGGCUUCUCUAUGCCAGCACCCGAGACGCACCCAGUCUCCCGAACCCUCUGGCACUGUGGUCACCCCCACGAGGUCCCCCGAGGCUCGAUCUGCCAGACCUUGCCCCUGAGCCCCGCUACGCGCACAUCCCGGUCAAGAUCAAGGAGCAAGUGGUAGGGCUACUGACUCAGAACAAUUGCAGUUGUGAGUCCAGGGGAGGCAGCUUUGCCUUCCCGUUCCAGAGACAGGUUCGAGCUGUGGACCUCACUAAAGCCUUUGACACUGAGGAGCUGAAGGCUGUUUUGGUCACCAGGGAGCAGGAAUACCAGGCCUUCCUUGCAAGGAGUCAGUCCCUGGCUGACCAGCUGCUCAUAGCCCCUGCCAACUCCCCCUUACAGUACCCCCUGCAGGGUGUGGAAGUUCAGCCCCUCAGGAGCAUCUUGGUGCCAGGCCUGAGUCUGCAGGAAGCUUCUGCUCAGGAAGUGUAUCAGGUGAACCUGAGUGCUUCCCUGGGCACCUGGGAUGUGGCAGGAGAGGUAACAGGAGUGACUCUCACCGGAGAGGGACAGCCAGAUCUCACCCUUGCCAGCCCGGGUCUGGAUAGACUCAACCGGCAGCUGCAACUGAUCACUUACAGCAGCCGAAGCUACCAGGGCAACACGGCAGACACAGUCCGGUUCUCCACCAAGGGACACGAGGCUACCUUCAUCAUCCGCAUAAGGCAUCCUCCCCACCCCCGGCUGUACCCACCUUCAUCUCUAACCCAGGGAGCCCAGUACAACAUCAGUGCCCUGGUUACCAUUGCCACCAAGACCUUUCUUCGUUAUGAUCGGCUACGGUCACUCAUUGCCAGCAUCCGACGCUUUUAUCCUACGAUCACCAUAGUCAUCGCUGACGACAGCGACAAACCGGAACGCAUCAGCGACCCCCUUGUGGAGCAUUAUCUCAUGCCCUUCGGCAAGGGUUGGUUCGCAGGUCGCAACCUGGCGGUGUCCCAGGUAACCACCAAAUACGUGCUGUGGGUGGACGACGACUUCGUCUUCACGGCGCGCACGCGGCUGGAGAAACUCGUGGACGUGCUGGAGAGGACAGCCCUGGACCUGGUAGGGAGGGGGCGCGGGAUGUGGGAAUUCUUUCUGGAUGGCCUUGGUUCCCUUCGCGUUGGCUCCUGCUCGGAUGUGGUUGUGGAUCAUGCAUCGAAGGUGAAGCUGCCGUGGACAUCAAAGGAUGCUGGGGCUGAAACUUAUGCCCGCUACCGCUACCCAGGAUCUCUGGACCAAAGUCAGGUGGCCAAACAUCGCCUGCUCUUUUUCAAACACCGGCUACAGUGCAUGACCGCUGAGUGAUGGUGGAUUUGGGCCUUCCCACUGUCAGGCUGGGCCUGCCUCUUUGUCCCUGCCAGGAAAUUCCCAGCAACCUCUCCAACCCUGACCCCUGACCUUCU